UCGCCCUAUUCGUUCAUCCGUUCGCUCGCUCGGUCUCGCUCUGUCGCUGUGUCGAUUGAGCCCGGUUGUGGAGGCCAUUUUCUUUUUGUGAAUGUGACGAAAUUUUUAUUGGAAUUUUUGUACUCAAAAUUGUGUCAAUGUGUGCCUGCAUCGAGUGUCGUUUGUGACGCGUAAUCGUGCAUUAUAGAAUUGAGAAUGUAUGUGUUUCAAAUUGGAUUGUGUUGUUGACCUAGCCCGUUUGUUAGACGGUCGUACAGCAGGCAUCGAUUAGUGCAAUAAGGCGGCCCCCAAUAACGGCGACUAGACUCUGAACUCGUCGUGGUUUGAGCCAUGGGAAACAAUGCUGCCACCGCCAACAAAAAGGUGGACGCCGCCGAAAGCGUCAAGGAAUUCCUCGAUCAGGCCAAGGAGGACUUCGAGGAGAAAUGGAAGAAGAAUCCUACCAACACCGCCGGACUGAAUGACUUCGAACGAAUAAAAACCCUCGGCACCGGAUCGUUCGGGAGAGUCAUGAUAGUCCAACAUAAACCUACAAAAGAGUAUUAUGCCAUGAAAAUACUGGACAAACAAAAAGUAGUCAAACUGAAGCAGGUAGAGCACACACUGAACGAGAAACGGAUCUUACAAGCGAUAAACUUUCCCUUCCUGGUGAGUCUGAGAUUCCACUUCAAAGACAACUCCAACUUGUACAUGGUGCUGGAGUACGUCCCGGGCGGUGAGAUGUUCUCGCACCUGCGCAAGGUCGGCCGCUUCUCGGAGCCUCACUCGCGGUUCUACGCGGCGCAGAUAGUGCUGGCCUUCGAGUACCUGCACUACCUCGACCUCAUCUACCGGGACCUCAAGCCCGAGAACCUGCUCAUCGACUCGCAGGGCUACCUCAAGGUGACGGACUUCGGCUUCGCGAAGCGCGUCAAGGGCCGCACGUGGACCCUGUGUGGGACCCCCGAGUACCUCGCGCCUGAAAUCAUCCUCUCGAAAGGCUACAACAAGGCCGUGGACUGGUGGGCGCUGGGCGUCCUCGUCUACGAGAUGGCCGCCGGCUAUCCCCCCUUCUUUGCCGACCAACCGAUUCAAAUAUACGAGAAAAUCGUCUCGGGUAAAGUCCGAUUCCCCUCACAUUUUGGCUCAGAUCUGAAAGAUCUCCUCCGCAACUUGCUACAAGUCGAUUUAACAAAACGUUACGGCAACCUGAAGGCGGGUGUGAACGACAUUAAAGGGCACAAAUGGUUUGCGAGCACCGACUGGAUAGCCGUCUUCCAGAAGAAGAUUGAAGCUCCGUUCAUCCCGCGCUGCAAGGGGCCCGGAGACACCAGCAACUUCGAUGACUACGAGGAAGAAGCACUACGCAUUUCGUCGACUGAAAAGUGCGCGAAGGAAUUUGCCGAGUUCUGAGCUCUCAGGCGGUGCCUGCCUGCGGACACUCCCGUGAGUAGGUGUUGUGUGUUAGUGGUCCUUCCGUUCCAUCGUUGGUAUGGGAGGGAAAAGAGUGUGUAUUGGUGCCGGCCACCUUGUGUGACUAUGGACGCAGCGGCGCUCGCAAGUCGGCCCCGCAGGUGCAUCACAUAUGGAGUGUAGGUGAAUUGAUAGUAGAACUAAUUUCCGAAAUUUCGGUGGCGUUCAUUUGCUUAGUGCCCUUGAGUCGUUGGUAGUUGGUACAGCAUAGAGCAGUUAGAGGAAGUUCAAGAGACUCCUGUACUGGUGAAGAGGGUAUCCUCUUGACAUAAAUGUUACUACUGAUGUAUGUACCCGGUAAAAUCUCCAAACUCAUGUUGGUAAUGAAUUAUUUUUAGUUCAUACAAUAGAGGACAGUUCUCGCCAUUAUAUUGUGUGGUUAAUGAUCAAUCAUAAACAUUCAAACUGUUCCAAAGUUUGAAUAUUUUUUUAAUUUUUUAAGGAGUUAAUUUUUUAGGGUGUCAAUUGAUCAAAUUUUCUUAAUUCUUAUGGUAAUUUUUUCACAAUCAUAACUAGCUAUUAUCCACAUCACUAUCUACAAGUUCAACAACAUUAUUAUGAUAAUUUAAUCGCUAAUUAUUAUACAAUGUAUCGUUUUUAACAUUUUCUCAGUAUCUUUACUCUAAAUAGAAUGCUACGUUCAUUCACGCAGCAUGAUUUUUAUUAAUUGACAUUUCGUUAUUGAUUUUUACGUUAAAUUGUUAUAAAGGUUGAUAUUUUAUUUUAUAACUUACACACUACAUAAAAUUAUUAAAGAGAUUAAUUUAUUGUAUCAGUAGUGUUCAAUUGUGCAAUUUGACCUAUGUGUUUGUGAUCUGAUGAGAGGAUUUAUUUGGAUUUAAGUGUAAUUUGUAUAGUUCCUUAUUUUGUAGUUUUAUGUGUUUGUUGUAUAAUCGGUACACGGAGAGCACCCGCAGCAAGUCGUCAUUUGUCGAGCUUCACGAGGGACUUAUUGCUAGCAUCAGUUUUUUAAAGCAAUAAAUUAUUCUAAAUUAACCCUAGAAACAAUUUGCUCUUCAAAUGUAAAUAGAGUCUCUGUUUGUGUCAUUUGACGACCUUCGCAUGAAUGGAAGUGCUUAGGCUUUUUGCACAAUUCUACCAUGGAGUCCUAUUUGUUUACAUUUGAGGAGUCUCUAAUCUUCUUAAAUGCCGACAGGGCAUUAUAUCUUGUCAGAGGCUGAUGUUAUCAAUAAGUGUAAACUAUAUUGAAAGAGCUGUUUCAAUAAAUACAACGGCUCUGAUUCCCAGCAGUGCCGAGCUGAGCUGAUGAUACAGUCAUUCUGACGAGCUCACGGUGUUUAUUAUAAAGUUUGUUAGCUAUUAGAUGUAGGACUUUGAUCCAGGCUGUACAAAUAAACUAGUUAUUUGUAGUUUACAUUUUACAUUGUGAAAACAUUUGUGCGCAACUGUGGUAAUAGUCUUAGGUAUAUUUUAAAUGGUUACUUAAUACUAACCACUGUGCACAUUUAUCAUUUCAUUUCUGUGUAACCCUGAAGCUAAUUCUAUUGCAUGAAUGUCAGUGUCUGUAUUAGAUAAACUAAACAAUUUACAUUGCUAUUAAUUCAAGGGAAUCAUAUCAGAUAUUAUAUUUAAAAAAAUAAAUUUAAUAUAAAUUGCCUGCCAGUGUCAUUAAUGGUAAAUUCUUGACUUUAUGAUAAUGAAGCUAUAAAGAGUUUAAAGUAUAGUACAAUAAUGGUAAUUGAACUUGUAAAUUAUCCUUAUGAUGAAGUAGAAGCGGGCUACCUGUUAGUAACAAUGUUAAACGGUGAAAUGUCUUACAGAUUUGUAAGAAACAAUGAAGGCAUAAAUAAAGGAACGGAGGACAACAAAGAUAGAGUCUCUUUUGUAAUGUAAUGGUGCCAUAUUGUGUCUUACACACAUAUUAUUCGAAACUUGUGCGUCAAAGAAACAACUAUUCGUCAAACCCUUUCUCCAGAUUUCUUGUUUCACUUUCAAUGCCAUAAUUUUCCUAAGCUUGAUUUAAGGUGUACCAGGGUUUCAAGAUUUAAAUCAAUUUGUAAUAUUUGUGGGUAUAAAACGUACAUUAUUUUAUUGAUUUUGAGACACAGUUUGCUUAUAUUUGGGACUAAUGAUUCAUGAGUAGCUAGUCAAUUUAUUAUAUUAGUAUAAUUUUCCUAUAUUCGACGUAUUGGGCUGCGGACUUUUAGUUAGUAGUUUUAAUUUAAGUAGGCUAGGUAUAAGUGGAAACUUUGAAUGUAUAAACAGCUUAUUAAGUUGUAAGAAGCGAGGGAUUUAUAGCGUAUUCGCUUACUCUUAGAGGAGAUAUUUAUUUCCCAGGACACUUUCAGUCUAUUGUUUUGUUUCAUGUCUAUCUAAUGUUUUUCUUCGUGGGAAGAAAACGGAAUCAUGAUGUUCUUGUUUAAAA